AUGUCCUCGUCAUUCAAACCACCAUCUUCACCUGUACCACCUCGGGAUCAUGACCAAGAAGACCAAUCAGAAGGGAUAACAGUCACUUCUCAUGAUCACCCUAUCUCUCACUCUCAUUCUCAUACUAGCUCGCAAACACAGCAAACGAGUAGAAGAAGAGCAUCGACCUUGAUAGUUCGAGAUUACACCCAUCAGGGGUCCAAGCUAUUCCCAGUAGAUCCAAGCAACAAUAGCGAAGACGCAAAACCAUCGACUCAUCCUAUACGGCCACCCAAAUCACCAUUAAGACCUAGAUUCCCCUCGAUCCGCAAACGAUCUCAUUCGACUGAUUCUGGUGCUGGUGCAGAGAGUGGAGACAGACGAAGACAGAAUUCAGAACUUAGUAUAGGUGGCUUAGAGUACCUAAGGGGGAUCCUGAGCAAUUUCAGGCAGUCUCUCAGAAACAAUUUACUCGAGGAGAAGAAGCAAUCUUCAGAAGAAGAAAAGGUGAAAGAAGAAGGAUCUGUGAUCCAAGAAAAAGAGUCACGAGAUACGUUGGAAAAGAGGAAGCGAUCGUCUUCAGGCACUUUAUCUGGAUUCUUCAAUCAUCAAGCACACUCACGAACGAGAUCGAGAUCGAGGUCGCUCUAUGAACGAAUAUCGAAUAACACAAGCGACAUGUCAUUAUCUGAUCAAAGGUCGACUCAGCGGUUGAUCAAUGAGUUCAUGGAAGAUUUGACGCCUCGUUCGCCUACUGGAAGUUUUCAUUCCCUCUCUCAACCGCAACGUACUACCCCGCCAGUACCUAGACAUCCUCAUGUGGAUCGAGUGAAAAGAGCAGGCGGACACAGACGUACACUGAGCUCACCGAAUCCGAUACCUAGAGUAUCGACAGAUAGCACCAACAACGAAAGCCAAAGCGAGAGAGGAAGAACUUUAUCUGGAGGAACAUUCGGAAAGCCUUUGGGAUCUGACGGAUUGUUAUCUGAUAUAGAAACGCUGAAAAGUGGUAGAUUUAUCAACGAUGGUACGGCUUCUGCACCCAUCUCACCUGCUCUCACCACUACCUCUUUGCCCUUGCCUCCAGUUCAAUUACCAUUCAUCAUGGCUAGAAGAUCGAAUAGAUCUCCUGAGCCAUCAGUCCACCUGCAACCACCUUCGUCGCCUAAAAUCUUUCCUGCUCUCCCAUUAUCAUCUCCCCCUCCGUUAUCUUCACCUGAAAAUGCUAUAUUGACCCCUCUUAUGGGCUCUCCACCGUUAACGACUCCACCGACAACCAAUACUGCUUUACUACCCUUACCACCACUUACCUCACCGCUUCCUGCUUUACCUUCCCCACCUCACACGCCAUCUCGACAAUCUUCAAUCAGGGUCGUAUCGCCAGACACGCACCCAUUUGCAGCUGUAGUAGCUAUGAUGGAGGCUGGUGACUCGCCUACGAAGAGAAGAUCAAGGAAUCAAAUGGCGAAAGAGAGUCAGGAGGUCCUGGAUAGUCCCAGAUCUACGAAGAAGGAUAAAGGUAAAGAGAGGGAUGAAGGUGAGAGACCAUUUGGGUCUCAAGGUAGAAAACAGACACCGAGAAGGGGAUUCAUAGGUCCUGGGGGUAUCAUACCUCGAAUGCCAUCACGUACUUCAUUGACCAAACUGAAAAUCACUCCGAUUCCAAAAGCAUCUAAGGACACUAUCAGUCAGCCAAAUCCAGUGAUCGUAUCUAUACCACCUUCACCGCCCGAUACUGCCAAACCAUUCCCCACACCCACGCCUUCCAGACCACCUAAGACCGUAUCGGUUCUCGCUGAACCAAUCACGCCUACAUCAACAACCUAUCUUCGACCAGCCCCUGCCACACCCUUGACUCCAUUCUGGUCCAAACCGAGAUUCGCAGUUUCAUCCGCUUCUCCAAGUAAUGGUCGAAAUCAAUCACCUGAACCCUCAUCGAUCUCGAGACAGGGUACGCCCAUACCGAUCUAUGCUCCUCGAAGUGGAGCUGAUGGGCUUCCACCAGGUCCAGGGAGCGAGCUGGUAGAGAUCCCGAGAUUUAAGAAGAAAGAGUUGAAUUUGGGGAUAGUGAGGCGGAGAGGCUGGGGCCAAAGAUUGGCUUGGCUAGGACUAUGGAUAAUCUGGUUGGUCAAUGGUCUGCUGAGCUUGUUCUUCGACGUGAAUGUCAUCUAUAUUUUAGUCCAGUGCACUACACAUCCAUCCUUCGAUACGAACAGCUCAAAGAGCUGGCAAUUCGCUACUGCAGCGUAUGGGGUUCUUUGGGCUAUAUCGACUAUGGUCAUAUGGGUUGGAUGGGAAGUAGGGUAUGAAUUCUGGAGAAGAUGGAGAUUACCUCGACCGGCUGUGGAACCCAUUUACUCAUCAUUACCAGCUUGCCUUCACCUCUCCCUCAUCUCAUUCAAUCACUUCACUUUUUUACUUCACAUCCGCACUUCGCCUCUUGGUACACCAUACUCUCGCGAUAUCAUACCGGAAACUUGCCAUGCUCUCAUUCAGCUCGUUCCUGGACUUCUGCCUCUACUGCCUAGGGCUGCCAUCGCCGUGGUGGUACUCAUCAGCUUCUGGGCACCUGCAGCUGACGUGCAAGCCCCGUAUGGGGGAGCAGUGGACGAGACUUCUCUACGAGAUUCGAACUUCUUCAGAUCGGAUUCGCCUGGCGAACUGACCAGAUACGCCAAAGGAAUUUUGUUGACUUUUACAGUAUGGAUUGCCUUGCGACUUGUAGUUGUGAUCGCUUCAGGUAUAGGUUUAUGGGUUAAUUCCGGUCGACCACUGGGUGGAUUAAUCGGACAUCGUUUGUCACGAAGGAAGAAAGUUUCUACUGGAGCACCUACAACACCACGCAAACCCAAAUCAUCCCUUCAGCCUAGAGAUCCAUCGACGACUAGUUCACCUCAGAAAUCGUGGGUAGAUCAGGAGAAUGAAUUUGAUUGGGCUUGGAGGGAGCGAACCCGUUCGAGGAUUCAGGACGCGUUUGAGCUAUGCAUGAUUAGAAGGAUUAACGAUAAUAAUGGAUUGGGAAGACUAAAUUCGUUUUUAUAUCAGUCGGAAAUUCCCUGGGGAAGAAUGAUCGAUCGAGGUCAUCCUCAUACUCAAUCGAGAUCAGGUUCACAUACUAGGAUAAACGAGGAUGGAAUCGAAUCGGAAAUUGAACUGGCGAUUAGAAAUCAACAAGAAGAACGAAGACCCGAACCCAAGAAAAAGGUCAAGAAACCUAUCUCGACAGGAGAGUUUAUUAAUAGAUUUGUGGAAGGUAAAGAUUUACCUAGUGUCACCACUACACCAGAGAAGAAACCUGCUCGACCCGAAUCAACAACACUGAUCGAUCUUCAUGCUCAUUCCCAUCCUCAAGACAAAAUCCAUAUUCACCCAUCACCCUCUCGAGUAAAUACAGCUGCGUCAAGUUCAGCUACCGACCUAUUUUACACGCCCUUUGAGGGUAAUACACCUCAGACGGAAAAGACAAGUUCAGUUGCUGAGGGUAUCCACAAAUUACCUCAAAUAUCUCCUUCUCCAGGGGGAAGAGCCCCUCCCCCUCCUAGCGCUUAUAGACCUGCUCCGACAGUUGGUGAGUUGAGUGAAUUUGGGGUCAAAGAGAGAGAAGGCAGAGGAUCCCCCGACUCAGGUUCUGGGGAAGGUGAUGAUGAAUCUACUGGAUUACUCACCAAUUCACUUGCAAAUUCGACUACCGCCUCACCUAGGAAUUCGAUACUUUCCAAACACGCCAGUACUAGAAAUAGAAGUCAAUCUACUACGAGUAGUAAGAGCGGAUCGAAUGAUCAAUCCACUUCGUCAAGAUCGUCUUCCUUCAACCGACGUACUCGUGCGUAUACUACCAAUGGAUCACCUUCGAAGGAUUCGUUAAGAAGGACGAGAUCAAGUAGUAUUACACUCCUCAGAGAGAGUGUCGCGAAUGCGGCGAAUGCUUCUGGGCAUUUGAUUAGAAGAGCAAGGAGCGGGACGGUCUUGAGUAGCGAGUCGAAGUACUCCAGGAUGGAUGAUGAGAGGGGGAGUGGGGAGGAAGGAGAAGAAGAAGAGAUCUUGGAUCAUGGCAAAGUGACACCGAGGUCUAGGAGAGGAACCGGUCUGGGAUUGGGACUGCCAUUUGCGAUCAAUGAAAAAACAGCGAUCUAA